AACAACCCCCAAAAAACACCUCCAAAAGCCGACCCCGCGCGCCGGGGCAAAGAUGUUUAACUCGGUGAACCUGGGCAACUUCUGCUCGCAGUCGCGCAAGGAGCGCAGCGGCGAUUUUGGGGACAGGGCGGGCUGCGCGUCCAACCUGUACCUGCCCAGCUGCACCUAUUACGUGCCCGAGUUCUCCACCGUGUCCUCCUUCCUGCCGCAGGCCCCUUCUCGCCAAAUCUCCUACCCCUACUCGGCCAACCUGGCGCAAGUGCCCGCCGUGCCUCGGGAGGUGCCCUACGCGCUGGAGCCCUCGAGUAAAUGGCACCCGCGCGGGAAUUACGCGUCGUGUUACUCCGCCGAGGAGCUGAUGCACAGGGAGUGCAUCCCGCCCGCCGGCAUGAGCGAAAUGCUAAUGAAAAACGAGAGCGCCUACAGCCACCACCAUCACCACCACCACCACCAUCCCCCGGCCUCCAGCGCCCCGGCGCCGUCGGGUUUUUACUCCGGGAUGAGCAAAAACUCCGUCCUGCCCCAAGGCUUCGACCGCUUCUUCGAGAAUUCCUCCUUCUGCGGCGCGGAAAACGCGCCCGAAAGCUGCGCGCAGAAAGGGGACGAAGGCAAAGCGGCCGCGGAGGCGCUGGAGAACGCGGAGGAGGAGGAGGAGAACACAAAUCCCGGCUCUUCCUCGGCGUCGUCCUCGUCGGGAGCCAAGGAGAGCUCCAAAAGCGGCGCUGCGAGUGCUCCCAGGACGAGGAAGAAGCGCUGCCCCUACUCGAAAUUCCAGAUCCGGGAGCUGGAGCGGGAAUUCUUCUUCAACGUCUACAUCAACAAAGAGAAGCGGCUGCAGCUGUCCAGGAUGUUGAACCUCACCGACCGCCAGGUUAAAAUCUGGUUUCAGAACAGGAGGAUGAAAGAAAAAAAACUCAGCAGGGACCGCCUGCAGUAUUUCUCUGGGAAUCCCUUGUUGUGAAAAUCCCUGGAAAAAGCCCCUCUGACGGAGGAGCCUUGGAGGGGACAGUGGCGAGCGGGGGCUC